CCGCUGCACCGCGGAAGUGCUGCUGUCGCCCGCGCCCAAUUAGCUUCUUCUCGGACGAGAGUCCUGUUGGGUUGGACGGAGGGGAUCGCCGAGACCCGGAGCCUUUCAUUCUUCCCCCUUGGAAGGAGUUGCCUCUGCGUCUGCGCUCCUGGGCUGCCCUGGGGCUUUGUUGCUCUGUAGGAGCUCGCCUGAGGCACCUUCCAGAGAGGGGAGCAGCGCUUACUAAGUGGCGGGCGCCCCGGGGCCGAGGAGACACCCACCGGGGGCGUCUGAGAGCCCUCUCUUCUCCCGUCUUCUCCCCGUGCCCCGUUGGGAGGAACUGGGUGGAAGGGGUGAGAGUGAAUUAGGCUCCAGGACUCCGGCGCUUUGGAAGAUCGAAGGGGCGGAACGCGCUGGAUGGCGAUGUGGGCACAGCCCGAGGCGAGGGUCCGGGAGCUCCCAACAUACUAGGCUGAGGGCGGAGGCGGUGCUGCGCGCGGUGACAGCCCCGUCAUUAUUGUAUUAUUACUUGUUUCGUUAAAACGCUGUCCCAGCUGCUCGAGGUGUAAACAGGAUUUGGCAAGGUGACAGCCGGGCGCAGCGGGCACCACUGCUCAGGUUGAGGACACGCCUUUCUUGCCAUCCCCUCUCCAUCCCUGCUCUCGGCACCCUAUUGCCCCUUAGCUGCAGAUCCAGAUGUGGGCGCCGCGCUCCCGGGGUGGGAGGCUUGCCCGAGGCCGCGGGGCAGGCUGGCCCUGCGCUGUCAGCAGCGGCUUUGUUUUGACAGGGUGACAGCUGAGGGGGGCGGGGACUUGGCCUUGUCAGCUCCUGCGGCCUGUGGCUGAGGCGGGGAAGAGACACACUCACACCUCCCAUGUAUCUCUCCCGCCUGCUGCAAACAGGGUCAAGUUCCCAGAUUCCAGAUUCCCACAGCCAAGCUGCAAGGGCCACUUUCUGAAUUUUAAUGUAAAGAUUAUUAAUCCUGCUGGAACCUCUCUCCACAGCGAUGCUGUUUUUAGUAUUUACUGGAGUUUCUCAACUGCAGUGGAAGGCCGAGGAGUCUUGUAAAUGUAAUGGCUGGAAAAACCCCAACCCUUCUCCUACUCCCCCGAGAGCUGAUCUGCAGCAAAUAAUUGUCAGUCUAACAGAAUCCUGCCGGAGUUGUAGCCAUGCCCUAGCUGCCCAUGUUUCCCACCUGGAAAACGUGUCAGAGGAAGAGAUGAACAGACUCCUGGGAAUAGUGUUGGAUGUGGAAUAUCUCUUUACCUGUGUCCACAGGGAAGAAGAUGCAGACACCAAACAAGUUUAUUUCUAUCUAUUUAAGCUCUUGAGAAAGUCUAUUUUACAAAGAGGAAAACCUGUGGUUGAAGGCUCUUUGGAGAAGAAACCCCCAUUUGAAAAACCUAGUAUCGAACAGGGUGUGAAUAACUUUGUGCAGUACAAGUUUAGUCACCUGCCAGCCAAAGAAAGGCAAACGAUAGUUGAGUUGGCAAAAAUGUUCCUAAACCGCAUCAACUACUGGCAUCUGGAGGCACCGUCUCAACGAAGACUGAGAUCUCCCAAUGACGAUAUUUCUGGAUACAAAGAGAACUACACAAGGUGGCUGUGUUACUGCAACGUGCCCCAGUUCUGUGACAGUCUACCUCGGUAUGAAACCACCCAGGUGUUUGGGAGAACACUGCUGCGCUCAGUCUUCACAGUUAUGAGACGACAACUCCUGGAGCAGGCGAGGCAGGAAAAAGACAAACUGCCACUUGAGAAACGAACUCUAAUCCUCACCCACUUCCCAAAGUUUCUAUCCAUGUUAGAAGAAGAAGUUUAUAGUCAAAACUCUCCUAUCUGGGAUCAGGAUUUUCUCUCAGCCUCUUCUAGAACCAGCCAGCUAGGAAUCCAAACAGUUAUCAGUCCACCUCCUGUAGCUGGGACCAUUUCAUAUAAUUCAAACUCAUCUUCCCUUGAGCAACCUAAUGGAGGGAGCACCAGUCCUUCCUGCAAAGGCUCUUCUGGGCUUGAGGCAAACCCAGGAGAAAAGAGGAAAAUGAAUGACUCUCAUGCCUUGGAGGAGGCCAAGAAACCCCGGGUUAUGGGGGAUAUUCCAAUGGAAUUAAUUGACGAGGUCAUGUCUACCAUCACGGACCCUGCAGCAAUGCUUGGACCAGAGACCAAUUUACUGUCAGCACAUUCAGCCAGGGAUGAGGCAGCGAGGCUGGAGGAGCGCAGGGGUGUGAUUGAAUUUCACGUGGUCGGCAAUUCCCUGAACCAGAAACCCAACAAGAAGAUUCUGAUGUGGCUAGUCGGUCUCCAGAAUGUGUUCUCCCACCAGCUGCCCCGGAUGCCCAAAGAGUAUAUCACACGGCUUGUCUUCGACCCGAAACACAAAACCCUUGCCCUAAUUAAAGAUGGCCGUGUCAUCGGUGGUAUCUGUUUCCGUAUGUUCCCAUCCCAAGGAUUCACAGAGAUUGUUUUCUGUGCUGUAACCUCAAAUGAGCAAGUCAAGGGCUAUGGAACACACCUGAUGAAUCACUUGAAAGAAUAUCAUAUAAAGCAUGACAUCCUGAACUUCCUCACAUAUGCAGAUGAAUAUGCAAUUGGUUAUUUCAAGAAACAGGGUUUCUCCAAAGAAAUUAAAAUACCUAAAACCAAAUAUGUUGGCUACAUCAAGGAUUAUGAAGGGGCCACUUUAAUGGGAUGUGAGCUAAAUCCACGGAUCCCAUACACAGAAUUUUCUGUCAUCAUUAAGAAGCAGAAGGAGAUCAUUAAAAAGCUGAUAGAAAGAAAACAAGCCCAGAUUCGAAAAGUAUACCCUGGACUUUCGUGUUUUAAAGAUGGAGUUCGACAGAUUCCAAUAGAAAGCAUUCCUGGAAUUAGAGAGACAGGCUGGAAGCCGAGUGGAAGAGAGAAAAGUAAAGAGCCCAAAGACCCUGACCAGCUUUACAGCACGCUCAAGAGCAUCCUCCAGCAGGUGAAGAGCCAUCAAAGCGCUUGGCCCUUCAUGGAACCUGUGAAGAGAACAGAAGCUCCGGGAUAUUAUGAAGUUAUAAGGUUCCCCAUGGAUCUGAAAACCAUGAGCGAACGCCUCAAGAAUAGGUACUACGUGUCUAAGAAAUUAUUCAUGGCAGAUUUACAGCGAGUCUUUACCAAUUGCAAAGAAUACAACCCCCCUGAAAGCGAAUACUACAAAUGUGCCAAUAUCCUGGAGAAAUUCUUCUUCAGUAAAAUUAAGGAAGCUGGAUUAAUUGACAAGUGAUUUUUCCCCCCUCUGCUUCUUAGAAACUCAUCAAACAGUGUGCCUAAAGCAAGGUGGUUUAGUUUUAUAAAAAAUUGGACAUAAUGUAUUGAAGAUACUUGUAACUGUAUUAAUUAGCACUUUUGAAAAACAAAAAAACCUCCUCUUAGCUUUUCAGAUACGUAUUUAAAUUGAAGUCAUAGAACAUUUUUAUUUUAUGGAAUAGAUUUUAAUCUAUUUACUACUAUUAAAUGUAAAUUUUCUAUGGCAUGUCCAUUAGCUGAAUAUUCAGUGAUAGAUGAUCAGGGGUUUCCUCAAAACCUGUGUAUGAGGAAAUUGCACAUAGUACCAAGAUUUGGGGGAAUGCAGAAACUUUUCAGACCAUGAAUGUUUCCAUUUUUUCUAAUGGAAUGUGAGAGUUUAUUUUUAUUUUAUUCUGAAGGACUUUAAGGAAGGGAUACAUGAUAACAAGCCCGUAAAAGGUGAAAUAUGUGAUGUUUGAAGUCUCAUUGUAGACUUUUUAUAUAUAUUUUUUAAAAACACUCAUCUAGAUGAGGUGCUUUGAGCAGUUCUGAAAAAAUUCAGUUCCAGAAAAGCAACUGCUUUGAUUCCUAAGGAAGAAAUUCUAAAUACUGCAAAGUUUUUUAUAAGCAUCUGGGUUUUUGAUAAUUCUGUCUACCUACAAUAAACUUGUGAGCGCAUAACCACUAUUUUAAUAAUUAUUUUCUCUACACAAAUGUGUAAUAUUAUAUUUGACUUUGCUUAUGCAGGCCAUAAGUUCCAAAAGGCAAUCUCCUGUUGCACAAAGGCAUACAUUUGAGAACACUUGAGAUCGAAUCAAUGUGCUUUAAUAAGAAAAGAUGCAUAAUCUACGUAUGUAUCAAAUUUGGUGGAUCCUUGUUCUAACUAAUAACGAUUGUUUUCGUUCACAACCCCACUGAUAAUGUACGAUAUGAACAUUUUUCCUGUUGCAUCUCUACAUUCUGUUCAUUGUCUGAGGUGAAAUCAAUUACCAAGAUUUGCUGUCAGUAUUUUAUCACCUACAUUGGAGUACAGACCCAGGGUGAUAUCCCACUAAAAUCCGUCGUACAGACGGAUUAACCUGUCUCGGGACUCCAGCUUAGCGCUUGGGUUUAUUUUCUGAUUAACACUACAUAGAGAAGUGGGACGUCUGCCAUCCCAACUCUGGGAGAACCAACUAAUAUCAAAACAAAUGAAGGCCAUUUUGAUGGUCUUUGACACUAAUUUUUAUGAUACAAAUUUAUAAACUGAUUUUUGUAAAGGACUAAGUUUUAAAAGUGUACUUAACUUGAUGGGGUUUUUUAUCAGCAUAAGUGAAUUAAAGUGAUCAUUUAAUCAUUGUUAAAAACAGUUGCCAGAGAUAAUCUGCAUGACGGAAAAAACCCUGCAAAUGGCUGUUAAGUGGGAAGUAUUGUUUUUAAUAGGUAAGAGAUAUUCAGAAUGCUCAGACUUAAAAAUGCCUCAACUUUUUUUAAGUCUAAGAAACUGCCUCGAGUGGCAUCUAGAUUUCUAAUGAAGAAUGAUGAUACACUUUGGAUUAAGUAUCUUGGACUGGUUUUAAACAGUGCUUUGUACUGAAUCUGCCGAAGCAUCUGUCCAGCUUGGUAUCCUGUGAAAGUUUGUUAUUUUCUGGGUAGACAUUCUUAUAGAGUAUUGUCUUUAAAAUCAGAUUGUCUCUUCUAUAUUGAAAGCAUUUUUAUGUUUUCUAAUUUAAAAAUUAAUAUUUUCUUAUAGAUAUUGUGCAAUAAAGCUGAAGUAGGAUGUGUGGUUUUUGCAAAUGCUUUAACAGCGGAUAAAAUUUUACAUUUGUAAAAUUAAUAUAUUGUACUGGUACAACAUAGUUUUAAAUUAUAUUUUAAAAAGCUCUCAA